CGGUGAUUGGGAUACUAGCUUUGACAAUCUUUAUAAGUUUAAGGCACAAGUUGAGAUGGUCUCUCCUGGUAGUUUAGUUGACAUUGAACAUCACAAAAUAAAUGACAAGAUCAGAUUUAGUAGACUGUUUGUUGCUUUUAAACCAUGCAUAGAGGGGUUUCUUAGUGGUUGUAGGCCAUAUCUAGCAAUAGAUAGCACUUUCUUGACAGGAAAGUAUAAGGGGCAAUUGGCUACUACUUGUGCUGUUGAUGGUCAUAACUGGAUGUAUCAUGUUGUUUUUGGAGUGAUGGAUUCUGAAACCAAUGAGAACUGGACUUGGUUCAUGCGAAUGCUUAAGAAGUUAAUAGGAUCACCAAGAGGCUUAGCCAUAUGCACUGAUGCUGGGCAAGCAGUGAUGACAGGAGUGAAAGAUGUGUUUCCAGAAGCAGAACACAGGGAGUGUAUGUACCACUUGGUAACAAACUUUAAGAAGAGGUAUCGUGGAAAGGUGUUUGAUGAACAUCUAUGGCAGGCUGCAUAUGCAUUGAAUCCAUACAUCUUUGAGAAGCACUGGGCUGAAAUAGAAGAAGCAAACCCAGCUGCAACACAAUAUCUAAGGCAGUGGCACACUAGAUUAUGGACAAGAAGCCAAUUCUCAACAGCCAGUAAGGUUGACUAUGUGACUAACAAUUUAGCAGAGAGCUUCAACAACUGGAUUAAAGACUACAAGUCCUUGAACUUGGAUGAUCUCAUGGACAGAAUUAGACAAUUGCUUAUGCAAAAGUGGAACCGAAGGAGGAAAAUCUCAAACAUUUUGGAAGGGUUAAUUCUGCCCCACAUAUUGAAAAGGUUGAAUGAAAGGAGCAGGGACUUGGACUUGGAUGUGAUAGAAUGUGGAAAUGGGCUUGCUGAAGUUUCUGUAUUGUCUGGCAGUGGCUUUAGGUGUGUGGUCAACCUACAUGACAAAACAUGUACUUGUAGACAAUGGCAAGUUUCAGGCAUUCCCUGUGUACAUGCUUUAGCAUUCAUUACUUCACUUAGCAAUGCAUCCCUAGAGAAUUAUGUGGACCCCUUCUACUCUGUAGAGAGAUUUAGAACAAUCUAUGCUCAGCAACUCCCUGCAUUGGUGGACAAGUCUCAGUGGCCAAAAUCUGAACAUGGAUUCUUCAUGAAUCCACCACUUUUAAAGGCUGUAGCAGGUGGUAGGAGAAGAACUGAGAGGUUCAAAGGAUGUGCAGAGAAGAAAAAGGGGCAGCACAAAUGUAAGGUUUGCAAGGGCUAUGGUCAUCGCUGGUACAAAUGCAGGGAAGGUGACCCGGAGGACAUUGCAGCCCUGUUGGCUGAAAGGCCACCAAAGAAGAAGACAAAGAAAACUACCAUGGCAGCCACUGAGUUAAGCAUUGUCCCAUUGGAUGAUGCAGCAGCACCCUGCAUGAGUUUUCCACCAAGCCAAAACAGUGAACUUUCAGCUAAGAAAAAAAGAAAAGGUCGCACCUCAAGUUCUGGAAAAGGAAAAUAUGUCAGGUCAAGGAGAAUAAGUGGAUCCAAUCAGCCCGAGGCCCUCUCCAUUGAAUAUCCUGUGGUUUUGUCUAAUUCCGGACAACAAACCGAGAAGGCACCAACCAAAACUAGAGGCAAGAAAAGGGCUGCAGUCAAGGAGAAGACAGAAAAGGUAAAGAAGCUCAAACUUGACAGCCCUGCAAUGGGCACUAGAAGCAAAACAACAUAUCCAAGUAGCCCAGCAAUGUCAACAAGAAGUAAAAGAAGGCUCAGUCUGUGAAUGGAUGCUUAUUUAUUUUGUUUUGGUGGUGCUUUGCAUGAGCAACUAUGAUGUAAUGUGAUUCUGGCCUUAUGUAUGCAUGAACAACUUAGCAUUUCAUCACCAGUGAGAUCUCUCACCUAGUAGUAUAAUCCUUUUGCUUGGCCACAAUGAACACAUGAUAUAAUGUGAUCUGUACAUUGUUUAAUGGCCAUAAGGUAAUGUCACGGUCUGGGUCAUGUCUCUUGAACCUGAUGUGUUA